UGGCGUCGCGUACUUGAUGCGUGCUUUCUUCUCGCUUCUCGCGGCUCUCUUCGAGGCAAUGUGACACCAGCUUGGUUCGCUAUCAGCGGCAAAGUUAUCCUGGCGAGUCGAUGAGUGGAGGGAGUCGGUGGUUCGUGAGCAAAACCAAGGAACCGCGUCGAGAGCGGGCGACGACGAACGCGUCCCGAACCUCCCACGAAGAUGGGCAGCGCGGCGCCGACGACUACCCGCGCAGAACGUCAGAGCGAUCGUCGACAACGUCGUCUUCGGCGUCGUAUCUACCACGGUCGAGCUACGGCAGCCCCGACCGCAAAGACGGAGGACGGGCCAAGAUCGGGGACGGGCACGGCCAGCUCGUUUUUCGCCGGCAGGACCGCUCCAAGUCCAAAAUAAAGCCGAGUCCGGAAGGCUCCCCCCUACGCGACGACGCCAAGGCGUCGGUGAACAAGUCUAGGUCGAGGGACGCUAAGAAAACAAACGAAGACGACGUAUGGGGUGCCCUGCAGCGAGCCCAGGACGAGCCUGCAGCCUGGUCCCUGAAAGAGCUGCGGGAGCGCCUGACAGUGCCCUGGGUCCUGAAGCACCAGGGGCACCUGAAGCAGGCCCUGGAGGAGGCGCUGCGGCGGCCUCGGCUGGCCCACGACGCCCGCCACGAGCUAACGGCGUGCCUGUCUGCGUUCGGCACGCUCCUCGGCGACAGGGCCCGCGAGUUUGUCGAGUGGAGCCUGGAUGUGUACGACCUAAGCAUCCCCGACGAAUCGCGGAUUCUCUUGCUCAAGGCAUUGCUCGAGGUACUGAAGACCAACCUGCAAGUGGCUGCUGAAGUUCUACAGACGGUGAUGGCGCGCGCCCAGACGAUGCUGGAGGGCACGGACGACUGCGAGCUGCUCCUUGCGGCGGCCGCGCUCUCCCUCUGGGCGGCGGAGCAGGACCCGGACGCGUUUGCGGCCAGCCACUUCCACGACACGGUGGACAUCCUGGUGGGGUGGCACAUUGACGCGUCGUCGCCGGCCCUGGCGCGUCGCACAGGCAAGACCCUGGAGGCCCUGGCACCCUUCUGGGUGGCGGACCCGGCCUUCUGCGCCACCCUGCUCGGGCAGUUCGUGGAGGACCUGGAAGCGUACGCCGACGACCUCUCUCAGGAGGACCCGUGCGAGUGCCUGGACAAGAUGGCUUCGCUGCUGCGCGUCUACGGCACCGUGGUGCAGGCACUGGGGUCUCACGCCGUUCAGGUGGUCACCUGGGAACUGCUCAGCGAUAACCUCCACGGAAUGCUCAACUGCGUCCUUCACGCAACCGAAUUUGCUCCCAGAAAUGCCCUUCUUGUCUCUGCCAAUCAGACGCUGGGCCUGCUGACAGACCUGACCGGCGAAUGCCCCUCGGCGCUGGUGGACCUCCUGGAGCUCCAGUGCGGCCUGUCGCCCCUGUCCGAAGAGCACGCCCUCUCGGUGCUUCGUCUGCUGUCGGUCCUGGUGGCCCGACUGGGGCCCCAGCUCCCGCUGCCGCUGGUGGCCGUGGCCUUUGGCCGGCGCUGGUCGCGCAGCCCCCGUGCCAAGAUCCAGGGGGCGCUGCUGGCGGUCCAGCGCGCCAUUCUGCGGCUGAAGAGCGUGGCGCUGGUGGAGGAGGCCUACCGCUGCGUCGUGGCAGCGCUGAGCAACGACGCGGAGCCGGGGCCGAAGGCGCUGGCGGCAGCGACGUCGCUGGGGCCGCUGUGCGCGCUCAGCGAGGUGGCCAACGCGCGUCACUCAAUCAUUGGGAUGUGGGCCCUGAAGCCUGCCUUCUUUGACCUGGUGCUGGAGCACCUUGCUCCGCUCGACUCCUGGCUCGGGAAGCACCAGCCGGGGGUCCAGUACGCCCUCCUACACCUGCUGCACUCCCACUGCGAGAGGCACGGCCAGUUUGUGUCCUCGAGCGUCCUGGUCACGGGAGGCGACGUCCUGGGGGUCCCGAGUAGCGGACACCUGUCGCGGAUCCUGACCCUCCUGGCUCGCGUCCUGGCUUCGGACGAGAUUGCGGACGACGCUCGCCUUCUGGGACUGCACUGGACUGUGGAGCUGAUGCACGCCGUUCAGAUGCACAUGGGUCGAGUCGUCGAUUCCCCCGAAUUUCUCGGUCUCGUCGACGCCGUGAUUCAGUCGGGUCACCGGUGCGACGUUGACAUGGCGUCCAAGUCCUGCGACAUCCUGCGGGCGGUGGUGGAUACCGUUGGCACCUGCCUCCCACGGAGCAUGCUCCAGAGGUGCUACGACCUGUCGGUUAUGAAGGCCGGCAGCGUCUGCCAGGCAGAGAGGUCAAAGUUCAUUGCUCUCAUGGCCCUUCUGCCCAUCGACCUCAUUGUGAGCAACCUUUCCGUCGCCAACCUCCCCGACCAGGCAUCUCAACGCAGCGCCGUCCUCUCCGCCCCGGCCACCUCCCUGACCGCCCAGGGCUUCCGGAGCGUCAUGUCCGCCCUGCUCCUGCCAACGCACCCGGACAGCGCCGCCGUCCACCCGCGCCUCGAGCGCCUGGCCCCCGCCCGGCUCGCCGCGUCCGGCCGCCACGUGGGCCUCCUCUGGUUCUGGGCGCUGUGGGAGGCGGCGCAGACGUGCGUCGCGCUGAAGCUCCGCACGCCGCUUGGCAAGCCGCAGGAGACCUUCACGUCCGUCGAGGCCGCUCUGAAGGGGCUCCUUAGCGACCCACUGGAAGACGCAGCGUCACUGAAGCGUGCCCAGCUGCUGAUCGACUUCCUCGAGCACCUCGACAAAGCCAUGUACAACGCGUACGAGGGGACGGCGGCUACGCUUUCGCCGCCGCCGAAGGCGGUGCGCACAUUCUUUCGCACGAACCGCGCCACGUGCCUGGAGUGGCUGACGCGGGUGCGGCCGAAAGCGGUGAAAGUGGCGCUGAGGGCCGGGCGGUUUGCGGAGGCGCUGCGGCACGCCUGGGCGCUGGGCACGCCGACUUCAACUUGGUCUUCGUCAUCGGCCGCAGUCGGAUUUGAGUCGGUGCUGCUUGACGUGGCCAAGUGCCUGGUGGCGCUGAGGUGUCCCGAGGCGCUGACCGGGCUGUAUGCGUACAGCAAGAGCGCCCUGGGGCAGAGGAUUCCCUGGCUGAAGGCAGCUGCGGCGCACGCCGGCGGGAGGCUCGAGUCGGCGGCCGAAGAGUACGCCGAGCUGGUGUUUGAAGACGACACUACAACAAUCAAGACACCCAAGGACCUCAAGUACUUUGUGUUCAAUCAGCUGCUGGACUGCCACGCAAGGCUGUCCGACUGGAGCGGUGCCCUCAACUGGAUGGAGGACGUCGUCCCCAUGAACGGCUGCGGCCCCAUUGGCACGAGGGCGCUCGACGCCGCCCGACACGUUCGGUGACAACUAUCCCAUGAAGCGAUUCAACACCCCCGGGUCCUGCGCUACUCAUGGGACGCGGCGCAGCAGGCCCUCACGGCCCAGCGACGCACGGUCGGCCCGUGCGAGGCCCCGUCUCUGGAGCCCGCGGAGGCGUUGCUCCACCUGGGAGCGCUCCAGUGGCCGCCCCGGGUGGAGCCCUCCCUCGUGGCGCUGGUCCGCCAGGCCCCGCCCACCGUCCAGGGGCGUUUCUCCCCGGCUGAUCACUGCUGCAGCACCGUGGGCGCGGCGCUCGCGUGGUCCGACGGUCCGCCCUGCGAAGGGUUCCUGCUGUCCGCAGCGCGCCUGGCCCGCAAGCAGCACAACCUGCGGCUGGCGGAGCACUGGCUCCUCCUGGAGGCCGGUUGCGGCGACACCGUCAGCCUGGCAACGCUGGGCGAGGAGGGAGCCCCCUCGCCAGUGCUCAGAGAGGGCGCCAAGCUGCUCCACGCAAGUGGCCGCGUGGCGGAGGCGGCGCGUGCCCUGGUGAGGGUGGCGCAGACGGAAGCAAACAACCCGGCAGAAGAGGAGCUUGUUGCAAGGUCCCUGCUGACCCUGGCCAAGUGGCUGCAGGCAGACGCUUCGGCGGUGGAGCCGCACCUGGGCGGCACGCUGAGCCAGUGCCGCAACGGGGCCCUGGUGGACGGCUGGCAGAGGGUGGGGCCCGCCGUUCAGCCGCUGGACGGGCUGCUCAGCGCCCCGGAGGCGGCAGUGGGAGCCCUCCUCCAGCGCAGCCUGCUGCUCUGCCCGAGCCUGCCCAAGGCCUGGGCCACCUACGCGGCCUGGUGCUACCGCUGGGGCCGCAAGGUCGUCGACGCCCCCAGCGACGGAAAGCUGCCCCUGUCGGCCAAGGAUGCGUCCGACCUUUCCUACAUCCUACCCGAGACACUCACGGAAGAGGAGACAAACGCCAUCAAACACAUUCUCACCAGAGUUCAGGCUUGCCCCGAGGGCGGAGACUGGGCCCUGGGGGCGGAGCCAGGACCCGAGGGGGCUUGGCCAGGGCUGCAGCAAGAGCUGGAAGAGGCGUGUCCCCACCUGGAGCCUCGUGUGAUCGAGUCUCUGCUGGAGGCGAGGUCCCGCCUCGUCGGCCAGACCUAUCAGUACUACAGGGCCUCUGCCAGUGCAUACAUCAAGUACCUGCAGCUGAACUACCAGGACGACGACACCAACGUGACGGCCACCCUGCGCCUCCUGCGCCUGGUGGUGAAGCACGCCUCGGAGCUGCGGGGGGAGUUGGAGGGGGGCCUGGCGUCCACGCCCACUGCCCCCUGGCGGGGCAUCAUCCCGCAGCUGUUCUCGCGGCUGAGCCACCCGGAGCCCUACGUGCGGGAGAGCGUGCGGGGGCUGCUCUCGCGCCUGGCGGGGGACUACCCCCACCUCAUCGUGUUCCCGGCCGUGGUCGGGGCGCUGCCUGAGCCCCCCGGAGGGGUGGGCGGCGCGGCCGUGUUUGGGGGCGGCCGGGGCGCGGAGGAGCAGGGUCCCGCGAGCUCGGCCCUGAUGCGGGAAAGCUACGCGGCGCUGGUGGACACGCUGGCUGCGGAGGACGGCCAGACCAUCACGCAGGUCCGCUCGCUGGUGCAAGAGCUGCGACGCAUCACGCUGCUCUGGGACGAGCUGUGGCUGAGCGCGCUGAAUGUGCACAGCGCCGAAGCGCACCGGCGCAUCCGCACCCUGGAGGAGGAGGUGGGGCGGGUGCGGAACAACCCCAGCCUGAGCCCCGCCCAACGAGAGUCGCUCAUCCGAGACAAGCACGCCGUCUUCCUCUGCCCCACCUUGCGCGUCCUCGAGCAACUGCAGAGCCUGGUGUCUCGGGAGGCGGAGACCCCCCACGAGCUCUGGUUCAAGGACACCCUGGGGCCCCUGAUCGAGGAGACCCUGAGCGCCCUGAGGGAGCCCGCCGACCCCUCCCGGCCCCAGGCCAGCUGGGCCGCCCUCAGGCGCCUGCACCUGCGGCUCCAGCGGAGGCCCCACGACGAGGGGCCCCAGCUGCUCAUGGAGCGCGUCUCCCCCGCCCUCGCCCAGCUCAGGGACUCCAGGGUUCCAAUGCCGGGGUGCUCUGGAGACGUGCGCAUAGCUGCGGUGCAGUCCUCCAUUGCUGUGCUCCCCACUAAGACCAAGCCCAAGAAGCUGGGAUUUCAGGGCUCGGACGGCCGCAAGUACACGUUCCUCUUCAAGGGCAUGGAAGACCUCCAUCUGGACGAGCGCAUUAUGCAGCUCCUCUCCAUCUGCAACAACCUCCUCGCACGCGGAGGUGGCGGCGGAGGCAAUGUGGGCAGCGUGGCGCCGAGGGCACGCCACUAUGCCGUGACCCCACUGGGCUCCAGGUCGGGUCUGAUCCAGUGGCUGGACGGGGUCACCCCACUCUUUGCACUCUACAAGCGCUGGCAGCAACGGGAAGCGGCCCCCGCGCUACGACCUUCGGAGCUCUUCUACGGCAAGCUGACACCGCUGCUCAAGGAACAGGGCAUCACCAACCUGGACAACCGGCGGGAGUGGCCCGUCUCGGUGCUGGUGCAGACCCUGAAGGAGCUGAUGGACGAGACGCCCCGGGACCUGGUGGCGAGGGAGCUGUGGUGCGCGUCCGCCAGCGCCGCCCACUGGUGGCAGACGACGUGCUCCUUCAACCGCUCCACGGCCGUCAUGUCCAUCGUGGGCUACGUCAUCGGCCUCGGCGACCGCCACCUCGACAACGUGCUCCUAGACCUGCGCUCCGGCGAGGUGGUGCACAUUGACUACAACGUGUGCUUUGAGAAGGGCAAGAACCUGAGGGUGCCCGAGAAGGUGCCCUUCCGCAUGACACCCAACAUCAAAGCAGCCCUGGGCGUCACAGGCGUGGAGGGACAGUUCCGGCUAGCCUGCGAACAGGUGCUGAAGGUGCUUCGUCGCGGCCGCGAGACGCUGUUGACGCUGCUCGAGGCCUUCGUGUACGACCCCCUGGUGGACUGGGACAGCGGCGGGGGGGCGUCACCCUCCUCGCGACUGGAGCGGGACAUGGCCGGAGCGCUGCUCGCCAUCCGGCUGCGGGAGACCGCCCAGCAGUGGGGACAGAACGGGCAGCAGCUCGCGAGCGCGCUGGAGCGAGUGUCCACCUCUCUCCAGGAGUGGCACGAGGCGCAGGCGUCGGUGCAGGUGGCGGAGCACCGUCUGGGUGAGGCGUGCGCCCAGCAGACGCUGUUGGAGGAGGCCCUGGCCUCGGAGGGCAAAGACCACCCGCUGUUCUCACUUCCGUCCCGCUACCACGAGUGGGCCCUGGUGCAGGGAGCACAGGAGUCUGCCCUCUCAGCCCUCGGGGAGAAGCUGGAGGAAUGCCGCCACUGGGGCCAGCUACAGAACGCGGCCAUGGCUGCCCUUGCCUCGGGCUCUCCGCCCGAACAGUGGCGGCAGGCACUCUCCACUGAGCCGGGCCUCGAAUCCGUGGCAACGCUGGGUCCUCUGGCAGAGUUCCUGCAGUCGUCGGGGCAGGGACAACUCCUGCAGCAGUGCGAGCAGAGCGAGGAGGAGCUUCUCUCCCUGGUGGCCCAGCUGCGCGGCUCGCUGCAGACGUCCCUGGAGCUGCUGGGCACGUACGCCGCCAUCGUGGUCCAGUGCCCCUCCGGGUGGUGCCACCCGGGCCGCACCCAGCACUGGCAGCGCUGGCUGGAGAAUCUGCAGGAGGACUUCACCCUCGCGCGCUGCCAGGACGUCAUUGCCGACUUCCACCACCACUACGGCGUGGGCACCGAGCUGGCCGCGGCGCAGGCGGCCGUGGCGCGCCACUACGAGCUGCAGGGCACCGUGGCCGACUGCAACGCGUGUCUGGUCAACAUCCUGGAGAGGAGGCAGGCCGAAGGGAACGACUACCUGCCCGAGGCCCAAGCGGCCCUCAUGUCCCUUGCCCAAGGGUCCGUAGAGGAGGGUGGCAGCUGUGGCCGUGUGGGUGUCCUGGGGGCCCUGCUGGGCUGCCUGUGCUCCUGCAGCCAGAACCUGCUGGUCAUGGAGACGGCGGCCGCCGCCUCUGGGGACCACUUGCCCGAGCUGCAGUUCUGGGGCAGCGACUGGUUCCUCCAAGACCUGCACGGGCAGUGCUUCCUCGCGCAGCAGACGGCCGCUCUGCUCGCACGCCUGGACCCACCGGCAGAAAUGCUGCCCAUGUGCGGUGUGAUUGAGACCAUCUACAAUGUUUUUGCUGCAUUGCUCGACCUCAGCGUGCAGUUCCAGACAGUAAUCCUCCCUGAGGCCCUGAAGCGUGCCGCCGACACGAGCGUUGCUUCGCUGGUCAGGACCCUGCACGGGAUUGCGCACGAGGGCCCGGACCUGACGGAGCUCGUCGCGCAGACGCAGCAGCGGGUCACCGAGGGAGCCACGUACGCCGCAAACCCGGCCAUUGAAAACCUGAAAGACGCGUUUCAAGACCUGCUGAAAGUGAACGACGGAGCAAGCAUGAACCCGGGACAGAUGUUGCUGCAAGGGUUCCACGGCCUGUUCGCAAAGAUUGGCAUUGAGCUUGCCAAUCUCUAUUCCACCCUGGAUACGAUUGACCUGGACUGGAAGAGCGUGGAUGUCGUUUGGAGUGCCACCGCUCUCUGCCCACCCCACCUGGAGAGCCUGUCUUCCCACCGGGAGGACCUGCUGUUUGUGCAGUCCCUGCUGUGCAUGCAGCAGUUCUUCUGCGGACAGCUGCUCAGCGACACAGAGGAACACAUGUUCGGCCCGGUCAAACACUGCAUCGCCGCCGUCUACCGCAACCAGCUCCUCGGCCUUCCGUCGCUGGCCCUGGGUGCCACGCUGUGCUCCCUCCUGGCCCCCCCCGACAGCCGGUCGGAGCCCGCAGCGACCCGGACCCUGGAGUCCCUGUCCGCACUGUGGUCCGGCGGAUCGCCGGAAGCCCAGGCCGCAGCCGGAGCGCUGGAGCGCGCCUGCCGCAGGAGGGACGCCCUCCGGCGACUAGACCAGGUGGAGGCCGCCGUGCGUGCGCGCCUGCACCGCGCCCAGCUGCGAUUGGCGGCGCAUCACUGGCUGCACGAGGAGGUGCUGCCCAAUCCGGGAGGGCAGUCUCUGCCCGCCAGGACCACGCUGCUGGCGGAGAUGCGCAAGGGCGCCCAGACGCUCUCGUCCCUGGGGUCGGCCCUGUCGGACACCCGCGAGGGCCACCUGUCGCUGGCGGGGGCGGUGGAGCAGCGUCUCAAGUGGGCCGUGGGCGCCAACCCGGCCCUGACACAGACCAGGGACCUCUUUGCCGAGCUGGUGGCACGUUGGAACGAAGCCCUGAGGUCCCUGUGCCAGCUCUCGUCGGAGGUGUGCGAGGCCAGCGAGGCGCUGCUGCUGCGGGAGUCCCUGCGGUCCCGCACGGCGGAGGCCCUGACCUGGGACGCGGGGUUCCUGGCCCUGGUGAACCGCUGCCAGGAGAGCUGCAUGCUGGCCGAGGCCCAGCAGGGGGCCAGCCCCGUCGAGCGCCAGCUGCUCCGGCUGCUGGGCAAGCCGCCUCCGCCGCAGCAGGACGCGGGGCACGAGUGGGUGCGCUCCCUGCUCGACAAGGUGGCGCUGAGUGCUUGCAGAGAAGAACUGGAGCAGGCCAAAGCGGCACGGGACUCUUGUCGGAAUUCCCUGCAGAAGCAGGUGGCCACGCUGCGCAGCGAGGUGCUGGGCAAGCACCACGAGCUGAUGUCGGAGCUGCGGUCGCUGCUCAAGUCGCUGGCGAGGCAGGAGGACGCCCCCGUGCAGGAGUACCUGGCCCUGUACCGCCGCUUCUCGGAGCAGGCCUCGGAGAUGGUCCGGUCCCUGCUGGCGGCCGAGAGUCCCUCGGAGGGCGCCCAGAGGGCGCUGGCCGACCUGGCCGGGAUGGUGCCCGGCGUCUACGGGGGGCUCACCGCACUUGCCAGCGCCCAGGACGGCAUCGACCAGCAGAAGGCGGUAGUCCGGGGAGCCGACGACACCCCCGACCGGAAGGUUGCCAAGGAUCCUCGAACCGGAAAAGCGCUUCAGGAACGUAACAGCUACGCAGUGGGGGUGUGGAAGAGGGUCAAGAUGAAGCUAGACGGGCGAGACCCUGACAGCAGCAAGCGAUCCAGCGUCGCCGAACAGGUGGAGUAUGUGAUUGGCGAAGCGACGCGCCUGGAGAACUUGGCCCUGCUGUACGAGGGCUGGACGCCCUGGGUGUGAGGACCCACCCACCGCCCGCCCCCCCCUGGAGUGGGGGGCCAAUCCUGGCGCAAGAAGCACAAAGGGACCGCCUCCUCCAACCCUAGGAAGGCUCGUCUCUCCUUCCAUCCGCAUACGCAGGCAGGCAGCGCGCCCCAUCGAGGCAGCGACAGCAGAGUCUGCCCAGGCCCCGCCGGCACAGCCCGAGAUCCCGGGGGAAGACAAGAUGGCCACCGUCGCCGUCUCUUCCCACUAGGGGGCCAGCCGUUCUGAGGAAACGAAACAAGCGCGAAUUGUCGCCUUUGCCCAUCCUCUUUUUUUUUUUUUCACUCCUUUCUUUCAUCUUUAAUCUCUCCAUUUUGGUUUCCAUCUUUAAGCACUCCUUUUUUUUUUCUCGAUGGGAAAGAGUUAAGGCUACAACAGUAUACAGUACGAUGGGCGUAGUACCGAGAAAAUUUUGGAGAUCUCUUUGGGGGAAAAAAAAUACAGUUUCUGUCGUGUAAUGGCGUGUGCUAGAAUGAAGUUGUUAUAAAGCGGUUGAGAAGAAGACUGUAUGGUUGGUGCUAAUCUUGGUUAAAAUAUUCUCUAUAUUUUUUUUUCCUGCACUAGACUGUUUGCCAUCUUUCCUUUUCAUCUUUUUUGCGGACGUACAAGAAAUGUACCAAUAAAUGUUUGUGUGCCUAA